CUUCUGGCCGGCGAACCUGGGAUCUGCCGAACUGCCUUAAAACUAUCGGCAGCCAGGCGCUGCGGCUCCGAAGAAGCGAACGCGCCGUGCGCUGCAAGGGGAGCAGCAGGAGGAGAGAGGAGCACGGCGUGUUUCUCUCUCGCUUUCUGAAGCAGCCGCCGCCGCCAAACCCAGCCCGUCGGGGCCUCCUUUGCCCGUGGGCUGCCUCUCCCCGCCUGCCCGGGACUUUGGCUUCUCAGCUGCACAUGGACCCCGGGGAUUCCCCGGCACAGGCGGUGCGCGCUGAGCAAAACAGCACCGGAGUUGCCUCCUCUCCGUGCGCGCUUUGGUUUUUUCCUCCCCGGCUGUUUCCCGGGGACAGGUUGUUGCAAAGGCACCGCCGCGUGGGGCUUGGACCUGGCCAUGCUCGGCUCCUGGUGGCUCGUGGGGCUCUUCGUAGCUUACACAUCUGGGAAGAAGCUGUGGGAUGUCCCUCCAUCUCACACAGACCAGCUCGGUCCAGGAAAACUGCGGUGGGAGCCGCAGUGCCAGCAUCAAUUGCGCCACCUCCAGGAUGGUGCUAGAAUUUCGGCUGUCCUGCCUCCCAGGCUGGAAGGUCACUGGAUUUCAACAGGGUGUGAGGUACGUCCAGGACCUGAAUUUCUCACCCGGUCCUAUAUGUUCUACGCCAACCGCCUCUUCAAAGCCUAUCAGUUCUACUACCGGGACCCUUCCUGCCGGGACCCCUCUUACUCCCUGGUCAUCAAAGGGAAAGUCAGGCUCCGCCAAGCCUCCUGGAUCACCAGGGGAGCCACGGAAGCAGAUUACCACCUCCACAAAGUUGGCAUUGUCUUCCACAGCCAGAGGGCCAUGCGGGAAACAGUGGCUCGCAUCAACCAGACUUCGGGAGAGCACUGUAGCGGGUUCUCACCGGCUGGGCGGACUUGGGCUCCCGGUGCCCUCUAUGAGCUCCUGAGUGCCAAAGCAGAGCGGGAUUGCACCGCGGGCCUUGGCUUUGCCAUGCACGAACUCAGCCUUGUACGAGUGGAGAAGUACCAGCAGCCCUUGUUCCUUCAGCAGAGCCAGGGGAGCAGGGAGGUGGAGGAGCUGUAUCUGGGGGACAUCCACACAGAGUGGUCGGAGAGGCUCCAUUAUCGGCCAACAGGAUACCAGCGCCCCCUGCAGAAUGCGAUGCAUCACAUCCAGCCGUGCCCUGCCUGCGGGAUUAUAUACCGAGCUGACGAACACCACCCGCCUGUCUUACCCCUCAAGCCGGACCUCCCCAUGCUGCUCAGCGGCCGCUGGGUCAGCACUCGCUGCGAGGUCCGCCCGGCCGUGCUUUUCCUCACGAGGUACUUCAUCUUCCACGCCAACAACCGCAGCUGGGAAGGCUACUACCACCAUUACUCCGACCCUCUCUGCAAGCAGCCGACGUUCACCGUCUACGCUCUCGGCCACUAUACCCAGGGAGCGGCGUCCCUCAUUGUGCGAGGAGGUACCGAGCUCGUCUUCAAGGUGACCCGCGCCCGGGUGACGCCGAUGGAUCCCGUAACUGUGGCGAUGCUGAACUCCUCCAGCUUUGGGAGCUGCGGAGAAGCCGGUGCCUGGAGCGUCGGGCAAGAGCUGGACGUGACUCACACAAACGGAUGCGCCGCACUGGGGAUCCGACUGCCCCACACCGAGUACGAACUCUUCCGAGUCGAGCAGGAUGCCAAGGACCACAGCUUGCUCUUCAUCGGGGAGAGGCCGACCGAUGGGUCAAGCCCCAGCACACCCAGCAAGCGGCCCACAUCCUACCAGGCCCCUCUCGUCCAGUGCGGGGGCCCCUCAGGAGCCCUAGCGAGGCACGUCAAGCCAAGUUACCUGGGAAGAAUAGGCGAGGGCAACAGCAGUGGGGCGCUGAAGACACUGUCUUGGGCAACCCUGCUAGCAUCUCUAGCUGUGCAUCUGGUCAGGUGGGACUAGAAGCCCAGAUGUUUUGGUCACUGAGCUGCUGCAUGGAAUCCAGACAACCUUAGCGUUCAGACUUACAUGUAUGCACAACAAAAUGAGCACACUGGGGAAACUGUUUCGUUUUCUACCAUGCCAAUACGCACUCUUAUUUUUUCUUAAUGAUAGGUGACGCCUGUUGGAUGUGCUUUCCCCUUUCAUACCUGCCUAAGUAUGGAGAUGGGCAUCUGAACUGGGCCGCUUGGUCUCUGAUGUAGAGGGCACCCUUCGGCUUCUGAUCAGGUGGCUUAAAUUGUACCUAACGCACCAGAAUGGCCCGUUUCAAUAGGUGUAGGAUAGACCUGCACCCUCUUCUCCCCACCCACCCAAACAAAAAAUAAUAAUUCUCAUGUAUCAAGAAGCAAUUCUGCUUUCAUGGGUCAUGGGACAAUUUCAGAUUCGUUGCUCUGGAUUAGCGUCAUAGAGACAUAUCAUUUACUAUUUUGUUCACAAUGUAUACCAACUGUUAAUAGUAUAAAAGUUGGAAUUGGGGAUCCUGUUAUCCAGCUUCCAUAUAAUGUACCAUGUGUGAGGAAAUAUACCUGCAUAUUCAACUGCUUAUCUUAAACAGGGGAGGGGAGGGUGUAAAUUUGGUCAGCACAGAACAACCCCAGAGGCUGGGUUUGCACAUAAAGCUAUACCAUAGCGCAGUGUUAAUAUGCACAAGCAGGCAGAUUGUAGGAGCUUAGUUUUACUUCACGCUAAUAUUUCCUUGUUCUCUCAAGCAAACCAGGGACCAUAGUUGUUGGUUUGUUUUGUUUUUUAAUCUGGUCAUUUUUAAGACAGGCCAACUUCGAAACAUUUCGUUUCAAAUAUUUUUAGACCUCCUUUUAAUUCAAAAGUAAAUUCCAAUGCAGUAUACAAUUAUCAAUUAUCCAAAUACAUUAGGCAGGGAAAUAGCUACAACUGCAGGCCAAUAGCCUGAAAAUGCAUGGGUGAAUAAAUAUAGAGUUUUAACACAGUUUCAAACAGUCAUUACUAGCAGUACGUGCCUUAUCUCAGAGCAGAGACUUCUACAAUGUAGAAGCCACCAAGGAAAUGCCCUUGCCUUUGGAUGCUGCAAGAUGGAUUAAUAUAGGUCAUGGCAUUGGCAGAAGGACCUCCUCCAAAGAUCUUAGUGAAUAGAAAGGUUUAAAUGGGAUAAGGAGUCUUUUCCAGGUAGCCAAGUCUCAAGUUCCUUAGGGAUUUAGGUCAAAAGAAGAAAUUACGAAGCUGGCUUGCUUAAUGGACCAGUUUCUUUGAACGACCAUUUCUCUUUCGUAUGGCAUGACAAGCCAGGAUUAUCAGAAGGCGAAACUAAACACUAGGUCAUGUGGGAGGAGAGAGGAGAGCCCUGCCAAGCCUGGUGCUUUGCCUGGGCUUCUUCCUGCUCAUGCAGUGUUAAAACAAUGGUUUUGCAUUACGUGCGAACCUGGCCACAAUGUCUGCUUUGUAGGUGUCGUGGAUUUGUUUAUAUGAGGCCCUUGGUUAUUCUGAAAAAGAGCGUGAAUCUAGUCCUUAGGAAUAAAGAUGAUAAAAUGCUAAAGACAGUCACAAUUUAAAAGCCAGACCAGGUACAAGGUGCAAUUCAUUUAGCCAUGUAUGUGGAACUCAACCGAGGUGCUGGGAUUGGAAGAAACCAGUUCACAUAAGGUCAAUGAAUUGUGCAAGCCAGAUUUAAGCAAAGGAAGCUGCCUUAGACAAAGUCAAACUAUUGGUCCACCUUUCUCAGUAGUGUCUACCUGGCAAGUUCUAGAUGGGGCAUUCCCAGCCCCACCUGGAUACGCUAGGGAUUGUGCCUGGGACCUUCUGCAUUCAAAGUGCAUGCUCUACCACUGAGCUGCGGCCUUCCUUUUGUGAAGACUGACUUUCCCCACCCUGCCCCACAUACCUGAUUAUCCUACUACACCUGCAAAGAAAGAUAACAACUAUUGGUAAACAGAAAGAUGCUCAAAAGGGCAUUUGUUUACAGCCUCAGCUGUUCUACUCCACUGUGAAAAAUAACCCAGUAUGAGUUUUCUGGCAUCCUUCAUCUCUCUUAAUCAGUCAACAAAGCAACAUCCAAUUGAGUUAACUCCGAAAUACACAGCUGCUGGCAACAGGCGAAAACUCGUGAUUUCUUGUCUGAUCAAAACUUGCUUGGCAGCCAUUCCUUGGAGCUGUAGAGUUCCAGCCGUUGCAUUCUAUGAAGCAAUUUUUAUUUUCUGGCAAUAAGGAGCUAUGCGUUAAAAACAUCCUUAAGGGAGAAAGAACAACCAUGACAAUCUUCAGUAACUCAGGCUAAUGUGCAUGGCAUUGUAUUGUCUCAAAACCACUGACUCCUUUUUAGCUAUAGAGUAGAUUCCUAAAAUAAUCAUAUCUCCUUGGGACUGUGUGUCUUCUCCAAAUCACUGAACUAGCCUGCCCACCCCCCCAAAAAGAGAAAAACCCUCCAGCUAUGCAACUACAAUUUACAUGGUAUAUUUACAACAUUUUUGGCUAAUAUGUAGAUUAAUGAUGGGUUUUUAUACAAGUACCAGUGGGGAAUUGUGCAUUAACUGAUUCAGAUGUAAUGCUUAUCUUAAUGUACAAAUUUUUAAAGCACAAAAUGUAUUACAGCAUGUUAACUUUUUUUUCUACACAGGGAACCUUUUUUUUCAAGCCAUGUAUAUAAAACAGCUGCCCAACUUCUAAAAAUGGCUACAUUUUGUUAUAGGCACUGACAUAAUUACAUAAAGUACUUCCGCUUU